AUGCAAGAGCCUCAGGAUACGCCGGGAACACCACCUCGUCCGCCAUAUUCCCCGGUGACUCCUGAAUUUGCGCAACUUGUACCGGUCGCCUCCACCGAGCCAAGAAUCGUUCCGCCACCUCUCUCUCCUUCGCCGACAUCGCACGCUCCAUCAAAUAACUAUUCACAUCAUCCUCCACCGGCCCGCCCGCCUGUGUAUAUACCAGAGCCACCACCAGUUCCCAUUUCCGAGAGUGAGAAUCCAGAUGCGAUUGCGCUACGGUCGGCAAUCUCCAUUCUGCAGAUGCAGAAGCAGCAAACCUUGCGCGAUAUCCAAACAUUAGAUCGCAUGAAAGAUGCGGCUGAGGCUGAACCAGAGAGGUUCGCGACCGAGCUGGCGGCAGGACGACUAAAGACCGAGGACCGCGGUGCGGUGAUUCAGUUUUCCGACGACGAUCCCACGGAAACCGAAGAUGCCAACGGACAACCACAACGUACAAAUCCUGACGGCUCACCGGCUUCGAACUUUGGUCAUAUACCUAUUCCACAGAACAUUGUGCGUAUGCCGCCGAUUAAUUGGGCCAAAUACAAAGUUGUCGGUGAACCCCUUGAUCGCAUGCACGAGGAGCAGUUGCGCCGGCCGCAUUCUGGAGAGCCGAGACGAGACCGUGCGCCAGAGCAUGUACUGGCCUCACCAUAUCGCCCGUUGGUUGAUCACUUGGACACACCUGCAAAGCUGGGACGUCCCGGCAAAGCCAAAAAGAUGUGA